AUGGACCCUAAACCUUUUUGAGCCACUGGAUACUAGUUAUUUCGUACCAUUAAUCGUAUUAUAUCGUAAAUGUUUCUAACUCCGUUAUGCUUGAAACUCCGUGACGUUUCGUUUUCUUUUCUUGUGCAAUUUGUUUCAGUUUUGUUGGGUGUCUGCUCGAGUUACAUUUUCAGAGUAUAUUGUCAUCUUCCAGGAUCUUCAUCAGCAAUCAUGAGGUUUAAACAGAUGCAACCACUCAAGGCACCAAGGAAAAACCGGACCUAUUCUCCUACAGCAUUGACAAAUGCUGUGAAAGCUGUUAAAGAUGGGAUGUCUGUCAGGGGUGCAUCCAGAAAGCAUGCUGUACCAAUGCAAACCCUGAGAGAUCGGAUUAUUGGAAAGGUUGAUCCAGAUUGUGCGAAAACAGGCAGACCGCCGGUCUUUAGUAAGGAAGAUGAAAUCAAAAUAACCGAUCAUAUAAAACGUUUUGCUCAAUAUGGCUACGGCUAUACAAGAAAUGAAGUGACCAUGCUUGCCUCAGAUUAUGGCAAGCGGAUAGGGAAGAUAUCCAAACCCCUGACCAGGAACUGGAUGGAAGGUUUCUUAACCCGAUGGCCGGAGUUGAAACCAUUACGCGUAAGGAGUUUGGAGCUGGGCAAAGUCAGAUCAGCACUUGAAACAAUUGUAUCGAAAUAUUUUAAAGAACUGGCCGAUGUCAUGGCAAAAUAUGACUUGCAAGACAAGCCUCACUUGAUUUUCAACAUUGACGAGAAGGGGGUGACCCCAAAACCUACACCAUCACCUGUGACUGGUGGGAAGGAUAAAGCAGCAUCACCAACCAUCACGGCAGGCAAAUUGCAGACCACCACAAUGAUUGGUUCGGGCAGUGCUGUGGGAAUGGCUAUUCCACCAUUUUUUGUGUUUGCCGGGAAGCGAUGGAAUGCCGACUUGAUAAAAGGUGGGACUCCUGGCGCAAAUGGGACCUUGUCUGAAAAUGGGCUGAGUAACACGGAGACGUUCCGAUUCUAUCUCGAGAAUCAUUUUGUCAAAUUUGCUCCCGACCGUUCCACCCAACCACUUUUGUUGCUGAUAGAUGGUCACGCCAGCCAUCUUUCACUUGGCCUCAUCGAAUGGGCUAAAUCGAAGAACAUUAUCAUGUUUAUUUUACCAGCACACGUAAGUCGCAUUCUACAGCCAUUGGAGAUAUCCUGCUACGGUCCAUUCCAGCGAAUGUACGACGACGAGUUCCACAAGCGAAUCAGGACGGCGUCGGGCACAGUCAACAGAUACAAUGUUUGCGAAAUAGCCUGCCAUGUGUACCUGCAGGCUCUCUGUCCUCAGAACCUGAUAUCUGGGUUUAAAAAAAGUGGAAUAUUUCCCAUCGACCACACUGUCAUCGACAGAUCCUUACCCAUACCUGCAGACAUGUUCAAUACUGACGAUAACAGUGACGAUAACAGCGAUGAUAACUCUGAGGAUAUUACUGUAGAUGUCACUGAAGAUGUCACUGUAGAUGUCACCGAAGAUGUCAUUGUAGAUGUCACUGAGGAUAUUGCCGAAGAUGUCACUGUAGAUGUCAUUGAGGAUGUCACUGAAGUAAUCGUUGAAACACAAAAGUCUGAAUCUGAGGCUGAAUGCAGUGAAAAUGCAUGCUAACAGUGAUAUAUUUGUCUACCAGCAAAAAAAAAAAAAAUAUUAAAAAAAUCUUUGAAAUCUGCAAACGUAAAAUUAGAACAGUAAGCUUUUGGCUGCGAUCAGAUUUAACUUCUUUUUCUUUUUUUUCAUCUGCACCUGCUUUCGCAUAUGUUGUUGAAAUUCCACAACUGAAAUCUGCAAAGAAGACAUACAUGUAAUGACAUUGUCACCCUGUAAUGUUAAAAUUAACAAAUAGACCACGAAGUCUAGAGUGAUACAGAAAUACUGGAAGUAGAAGAAGACAAGGGUUGUGUUUGGGACAAAUUCGGUUCUCGCAAAUUUACUUCAACAAUUCUGAUGUAAAAGCUGAAGUAAAAUCGAUUAACACUCAUCGGCAUUUUUAUGUUGCCAAAACAUAUUCCGUGAAGAGAUGCUAGUACAUGACAUGAUAUUUACAGGCCAUAGGAUUUCAAACUUGAUGGGAAACACUGAUUUGGUUUCGUGCCUUGUAAUCAUGGGAACCCAUCUGAAACUGUUUAAAUGUUAUUUUCGUUGCAUAGUCAUACUCGAUAUAAUAAUCAUGGGAAGCAAAAUUUCGGUUGUGUGAUUUUACUGACACUGUACCAGAAACUAUCGUUACUGUGAAAUCCAGAGGCCUGUAUUUAAAUGAUGAAGCAAAAUGUAUUUUAGUUGAACCCAUGAUGUUGGCUUUUUUCUAAAGCAAUUUUGUGAAUUGCAGCAUCUGCAGAUUUACUCCAGUGGCUGCUGUGAUAAAUGGUGUUUCUUUGAUUUUAAUAAAACUUAACUGUGUGA